GGUUGAAAUCCGGAACGCAGAUUGCCUGAUUCGUGUCUCCGAAGCUCAAAAUUGAUGCACAACUCCGAGACAAAAUGAACAUUAUCAGAUUCAAAAUGAUCAGUCAUUCAGUGAUCAUCGAUUUUGUGGUCCUUUGGGCCAGUCUGUCGUCGGCCAGCUUUUUGACCAGCGAAUUACUGGAAUGUCGAGCAAAUUUGACGGCGGCGAUAAAAAACGAUACGACGUUCCUAGAGAAGGUGCGCCAGUCGGACUACAUCUUUACGGGAAAGGUAAAGGAGCUACAGCAUGGACAGCUGCUGCACGUGCGCGUCAAGAGGGCGAUCAAGGGUGCGCUGAACAUCACUGUCGACCUCGUGGUGAACGAUACCUGCGGCCGUUACAUCAGGCGCAGUUACACCGGCAUCUUCAUGGCGCGUCGCGGUGCCAACGACGUUGGCAGGAUCGUGAUGCACUUCGGCCCGGUACCGCUUACGCUCGCCAACCUCGACAGGCUGAACGCCGCCGUCAGAGAUAAGAAGUUUAAAUCCUUGGGAAAUUUGAAACAACAUAAUAUAAACAUACAUACUGAAGUUAAGCUCUACAAAUGCGGAACGUGUGGUAAAACGUUUAAGAGUAAAUCUAAUAUGCGUUUUCAUGAGAGAACACAUAAAGGUGACAAACCUUGUCAAUGCGACAUUUGCGAAGCAUCAUUUAGUCAUCCUAGUAAUCUAUACAAACACAAGAAAACGCAACACAAUGUACAUAUCAAUUGUAAGGAAUGUAAGGAUGGUUUCAAUACUGAACAGGAUUUGUAUGAUCAUGUAGACACGAAGCACAUUAAAAAACCGUAUAAAUUGUCACACGAGUGCUACCAUAAUAGAGAACUAACCGCGACUGACAACAGAAUAGACGAUCAAGGACAGUUACGAUUACUCUUAAUAAUAAUGACGAACUGA